AUGCCAACCGCCGCAGUUGAGGCCGCUCUAAGCACGGCUGAAUUGCUCGAGGCUGUUCUGCUCUUUUGCGACCAGACGACGCUCCUGGUGGCUGCCCAGCGUGUGAGUAAGCAAUGGUUCGGUGUAAUAAAUGCCUCCCGUAGGCUUCAACAGGCCAUGUUUUUCUACCCUAUUGUACCGCCUGCAAAACCGUCAGUGGCGUAUCCAAGGUCGCCAGAAGAAGAGCUCGAUAAAUCAACCAAUGCACAUGCAAGAAAAGUCGUUGCGUCUUUGAACCCGUUGCUGGUGAAGCAUUUCGGGUCCGUGUUUUUCGACCCCAAGGGAUGCGGCGGACUGCAAAGCGCGAACCACUUUUACUUUGAACUGCCGUGGUGGGCUGAUGGUCGUAGUAAUGAUCUUUCAGACAGCCCUGAGAUGCAAGAAUACCUCGAAAGGCGGCAUCAGGCGUUCAUGCGGUCUGGUGCCAGCUGGCGCCGUAUGCUCGUCUCACAGCCGGCACCACCGGCACUUGGGUACGGAUGGAAAGAGAGAAGAGAAGUUAGGUUCUGGUUGCUUGUUUGGAGGGGAUACAUAGAUAAAGCUCCUGGUUAUGCUGAGUCCGCGUCAUCGUCUUUGCCCAGCGCAGAACCCAGUUCCCUCAGCUUGUCGCGGACGGGCCUCCGUUUCGGCCAGCUCUACGACCUAGUUCAAUAUCACACCGGCCACCACGAGUAUACCACUCUUUUGUUUCGGAUUGUCUGGGGACAGCUGGGACUGUCUCGUCUGGAAGAUGAGAUGACACGGACUUGCGAGGACCUGCUCAAAGAAACCAGCGUAAUUGUCCAGUUCUGGCAUGCAGACGACGGUCGUACGCACCAGCCGGCUGAUGUGGAGGACUGGGACCGGUCUUUUCGGAGCGAAGACUUUCAAAUGCCGGACGAUGAGCCUGUAGAGGUGUUUCGGGGACCGCUGAUGUAG